AUGCUUUUGGCACUGACACAAUGCCAAUCAACGAGUACUGCUUGCCCAUCACCACACGCAACUUCGACCCACUUCUCUCGAGCGCACUGUACGAGAGCAACAGUUACAACACAUACAGCAUACGUAACUCACAUGUCACAGUGGAAUAACACACCCUUCUGCUCUUGUGCUUGUGGCAUCUCUUGCACUGUCUUCUCAAAGGGCAUGCACGAGAUGCUGAGCAGCUCACUGAACGCCACGAUAUCAGAGCCCUACUACAACUUCAGCAGCACAGAGCAGCAGUCACACACAUUCACCAUCGACUGCAACCCAUCCGUCCUCACAAACAUCCGUGCCACACAGGACUACGUCCCCAGUGGUGGAUCCUCCAAGCAGUGGAACCAGCUGUUCGACGGCCCAAUCAUCUCCCUCUACGUCUACCAGCCACCAACGACAUUCACACGUGACAACGCACAGCUAGGUAUAUUCACCAUCACAUGGGACUUCGUCUACAGCGGACCGUGCACAAACAAGGCCAAGACACUCAUGAACGACUGGAUAGCGAGCGACUGUGCGAUCGUCAGUGGUGAUGUUGGUGAGAAGAAGUACGUCAGUCAGCUGAACCUCAGCCGUACAACAGCUGGUAGUGUCGAACGCAUGCGGGGACGCCUCGAGGUCAUGAAGAGCGGUGCCUCCAGGAAGGGCAUGCUGCGCUGUGGAGACAACAUGUUCAGCCUGUACACAGAGAAGGACGCCACCAACAGGUACCCAUCGUUCAGGGGCCAGUACAUGAAGAAUAUGCUUUCUGGCAUCAAGGACGGUCUCAUCAGGGAGCAGGCGUCAAACGUCAUCCGUAGCAGUGUUGCAUUCGGCUCAGUCGACAACAAGACAGACGACUUCUCCGUCACAACAGUAGCAGCCAAGAAUGAUCUCAUCAGCCUCUUCGAGACAAACACUAUGAUAAACGGCACGUACUUCGACGCUACAGACUCCAUAGGAGCCAGAGUCACUUCCAACGAUGAAUACGGCAUAUUCAGCGUCCCAGACGGCAACAACAUCCUCGCAGAUGUAUUUGUACGUGAUACUACCACAGUCGAGCCAGGCAUAUACUGCUCUUGUUCCUCGUACGUUCCACGUAACGAUAUAUCUGUUGUUUAUUAUCCAGAUAGUACGAAAUGCUUAGUAGCAGCCAGUAGCAGUGACGUCUUCACGAUGGUUGUUCCUUUCUACCGUUACUGGGAUUCGGUGUCAUUCCCUUCGGCGAAAGACACCAACGCCAUGCAGACAUUCUCCUUCAACAGGGUGAUCGCACUCGUCGGACAGGCGGUCCCAGAAAAGGGCGCAAAGGAUACAGACUGCACACAGGUCGCAGGUUUCGACACCGGUGACAUGGUAGCAGAAGGUACAUACAAUCAGACAGCAAGAACUAUGAAAGCCGUAGAUGGCCCCCUCUCAUGCUGCAUCAAGAACUCAAUGCCAGUCACCAUCCCACCAGAGGUGGAGAAGUUCGACGAGAUAAAGGGCAAGUACACACAGUUGAUGAGGGACCAGGCACAGGAGGACGGACUAUUCCAGUCGAUCAUCUCGUGGGGCAAGAGCAAGCUCGCCAGUAUAGGAAAGGCAGCAGUACAAGCUUUCGCAGAGGGUGAGGAGAACAGCAUGAAGAACUUCACAUUUGUCGGUGUAGGAGGAAGCACAGGCAAGGGUAUCAGGGGUGGAACACUCGGCGCGGCUGAAAACACAUACGUCGUUGUGGAGCAGAACAAGAAGCUCGACGGCCCCUACGUCCAGAUGUAA